AACAGCAUUAUUUCUAUUUAAGACACAGUUGAAGACACAGCACAUUCAGAACAGACACAUAACAGGAGCUCUAUUGUCUUUCUAAAGUUGGUGUAGAGAUCUGUGAGAGUGAACUCAGGAUGAAGAUCCUCCUCAUCUUCACCCUCUGUCUGAUCUCAGAUGGAGGAGCCUCAAAGAAAGUAACAGGAUAUUCAGGAGGAGGAAUCUUUAUCAAUUGCAAGUAUGAUACAGAAUACACAUAUAACCAAAAGUAUUUCUGUAAGGGUUCAAUGUCAGUCUGUUCUGACCAAAUAAAGACAGGAAAUAAAACACAGUGGGUAAAUUCAGGAAGAUUCUCACUGUUUGAUGACACCAAUUCAUCAGAGUUCAGGGUGAUGAUCAGAGAGCUCACUGUACAGGACAAGGGAACGUACCAGUGUGGAGUUGGAAUAACUUCAGGGAAUGACAUUAACACAUCGGUGAAACUUAGGGUAAAGACAGAUCGGUCUUAUGGGAAGUCCAUCAGUAAGACUGCCCAUGCAGGAGAAGAUUUGACUGUCAGCUGUAAAUACCCAAAGUCCUACACCAGUCACCUUAAGUUUGUCUGCAGGUGGCAGAAAACUGCUUCUUGUUCUUAUAAUACAUCUGUUAAAGAAAGUAAAAAAUAUGUAAAAACUGGGAAAAUAUCCCUGUAUGAUGACAGAGAAAAACAAAUCUUCAGUGUGAGUAUUAGAGAUGUAACUGAGCAGGACUCUGGUGAAUACUGGUGUGGAGCUGAAGUACCAAGGAGAUCCGAUCAGGGAUACAAGGUUUAUUUCACACGGAUCGACCUGACAGUUACUGCUGACCUUACUCCAUCUUCUCAUCCAGCAGGAUUUUCAGCUUCCACUGUGAUCACUGUGUCUGUAAUUCUGCUGCUGCUUCUUAUUGGAAUCAUAAUUCUCAUUCUGACUCUAAAAAACAGACACAAGAUGCAAGCAGGCACAACUUUCCAAAAUUCAGGAACUGACCAAGGGGUAAUUGUCUUUAACUUGCAUGUUUCUCUUGAUGUUCAUGAAUAUGAGGAGCUUAAAGACACCAGACGACUUUCUGCCUCAAACGCUGAAGUGUCCACAGUUUACGUUACUGCUCAACUACCCACAAUUUCCUCUGAUCAUCACGCUGCUUAUGUAAAGAGAGAGUUAACCACAAACCCCUGUGAUUCAGCUGCUCAACAGCCCACAAUCCCCUCUGACCAGAACAACUGCUCCAAAGCUUAGUUACCAACAUGUCUCUGAAGCGUGACUCAGUGCUUGACUAACUGAAACACACGAGAAAUACAAUAUAAGUUUAUCUACACUC